AUGGGCAACGGCGCCAAAGCACAGCAGAAGCGCGAGCGCGCGGCCAAGGAUAAGACGGUAGCCAAAUCGCAGCUCAAAGUCAACAGCCAAGCCUGCGACAUCCAGUGCGUGAUCUGCAGGUCGACCUUCCUGAAGACUAGCAAAGCCCCUCAGUUGACCGAACACGCCGAGAACAAGCACGGAAAGGCCUUGACGGACUGCUUCCCCACGUUCGUACAGGCGUAG